CCGGGCUGGGGCAGCUCCGACGCCAGCCGUGUAGUUGCCAAGGGUCUUGGACUCAACAAGGGCUUCAUAGGACAGAAGAACACUUUCAGUGUGGACUGUAGUAAAGCAGGGAGGAACAUGCUCCUGGUUGGAGUGGACGGACCCAAAGUGCCCUGCGAGGAGAUCUUGGUGAAACACUUGGGUAACCGUCUGUAUAAUGUGUCCUACCAGCUGAAGGAGAAAGGAGAGUACAUCCUGGUGGUGAAAUGGGGCGACGAGCACAUCCCCGGGAGCCCGUAUCACAUCACUGUCUAACUGCCCUCCACCAAAACCUCCAGCAUCAAAUACAGGAACACUGAAAACUCUCUUGUCCUUCUUCCUUUGUAUGAUCCUCUCAUCCUGUAUCUUCCUGCACCACUAUUCAGCUUUCAAGCAAGAGAGGGAUUUC